ACGGCGCAAGAGUUGAGGGUGCAAGACUUCUCUACAAGCAAAAACUCUUGAGGAGAUGAUUUAAACAGUUCGCAGACACAGUGCGUAAAGUGCAAUUCUCGGACCCCGGGGUGACUCCCUCGUUGCUGUCCAUGAAAUCCGAGGUGCGAUCAGCCUUGGUCGUUCAACACCGUUUUGGGGAGGAUCGGAUGCAGGUUGUGGACAAGGCUGAUCGGCCACAGGCCUUGGAUAAGCUGCUGGUCAUCCAGAAGCAGAACAUCACGGAACUGUUCAGAAUGACCGACUGCAUACCAGUAUCGGCAAGGCUGUUGGACAGGUUGGAGUGUGAGAGGUUUGCCAUCCCCCAUCCUGAGAUUUGCGAGAUGCAGGCACAAACUAUUUUUGAGGCUGCAGCUGAAGUGGGGCGAAGCUCCAAGAAAUUGCCAAAGGUUGACUUGUAGUUCCCCUGGUUGGAACAUUUGAAGAACUGAAACGUUGAAGGGCAUCACGGCAUCAUUGAGAAAAUUGCUGAUGCCAUCGUGAAGAAGGAGCAGCAAAUCACUUUCACCUACAAGAUUGGCACCGUGAUCGAGUAUUCACGCGCAGCACUGCCAGCAGGUCGAUUGACAGAAAUGGCUGAGUUCUUCAGCGUUGGCACCAAUGAUGCGACUCAGACUACCACGUUGGGUGGGUGCUAAGGUGUCUUGCCCAUUUGACGGCCCGGCCCAAGCAGCCG